UUUUUUUUUUCUUCGUUUCACUUUACAUCACCACCACUCCAAUAUUUAAAUACCCCCACUUCUUUAAUAUUUAAACCCAUCUUCUUCAUUUACUCUAUUAACACCCCAUCUCAUCUUCAUAAUGCGUGAAAUUGUCUCACUACAUAUCGGUCAGGCCGGAAUUCAGAUCGGAAAUGCAUGCUGGGAACUUUACUGUCUUGAACAUGGCAUUGCACCUGAUGGCACCAGAAACGCGGACGCACCCGAGUCCACCCCUGGUACCUUCUUUGCCGAGGGAAGCAAUGGAAAAUUUGUCCCACGAACUGUCCUUGUGGAUCUUGAAGAGACAGUAGUAGACGAGGUUCGCAAUGGCAGGUACAAGAACCUGUUCCAUCCAGAAUCCCUCAUCUCCCAUCGUGAGGAUGCUUCCAACAACUACGCUCGUGGCCAUUACACUAUCGGCAAAGAGUUGAUUGAUCCCGUCAUGGACAGAAUUCGUAAAGUUACCGACAACUGUAGUGGUCUUCAGGGUUUCAUUCUUUUCCAUUCCUUCGGUGGUGGUACGGGUUCAGGUCUUGGCGCACUCUUACUUGAGCGUCUUGCCCUAGACUAUGGUAAAAAAGCUAAACUCGAAUUCGCUGUUUACCCUGCUCCUCGUAUUGCCACCUCUGUGGUGGAGCCCUAUAACUCCGUCUUGACCACACAUGCGACCUUGGAUCAAGCAGAUUGUACAUUCAUGGUCGAUAACGAAGCCAUCUAUGAGAUCUGUCGUCAGAAAUUGAACGUGGAACGUCCUAAUUAUACAAACCUCAACCGAAUGAUUGCCCAGGUGGUCUCUUCAAUCACACUCUCUUUGCGAUUCCCUGGCUCCUUGAACGUGGACAUGAACGAGUUCCAGACUAAUUUGGUGCCCUUCCCCCGUAUCCAUUUCCCUUUGAUCUCCUAUGCCCCCAUCCUGUCUAAAGGCAAGGCGCUCCAUGAACAAUCUUCGGUCAGCGAGAUUACUGCAGCUUGUUUUGAACGAUCCAGUCAGAUGGUCAACUGUGAUGCUCGUCUGGGCAAAUAUAUGGCUUGCUGUCUCUUGUACCGUGGAGAUGUCAUUCCCAAGGAUGUGACCAGUGCCAUCAAUACUAUCAAGACCAAGAGUUCAAUUCAGUUUGUAGAUUGGUGCCCUACUGGCUUCAAGGUCGGCAUUAAUCAACAACAGGCAGCAGUUGUCCCUGAAAGUGAAGUCGCUGCUGCUACCCGAUCCGUCUGUAUGCUCAGUAACACCACCUCUAUCGCCACUGCCUGGACACAAUUGGACCGAAAGUUUGAUCUCAUGUAUGCAAAACGUGCUUUCGUGCACUGGUAUGUCGGAGAGGGUAUGGAAGAAGGCGAGUUCUCAGAGGCGCGUGAGGAUCUCGCUGCUCUGGAGAAGGAUUACGCAGAGGUUUCAGGUGAUGGUGCAGCAGAAGUUGAACAUGACGAGUACUAAAAUAACCUCGUCCACUGCGUAAUUAUGAAACAUUCAAGCAUGAUACCGCCUCCCCUCUCCUCCAGCAACAAAGAGCAUUUAUUUUCUUUGUCAAUUGCUUUCAUGUAGUGUAUUAAUUAGAUAGAGAACAAAUAAUAAUAAUAAUAUAUAUAAAGACAAC